GUCGGCCCUCGGUGAUCCUUUCGUCCUCCGGUUUCGUUGUGUGUGGUCCGGCCACCUCGCUUCUUGUCUCAGAGUCGCGCUGGCGGAGUCUGGCUUUGUGGGCUGGUGUCUGAGGAGGAGUCCCCGGGGCCACCGUAGUCAGGGUCUCUGGGGCUCCGGAAGGAACUUUCCCCCGCCCCGCAUUAACUGUAACCAGAGGCGGACACUCACUUGAGCUGGUUCUGCGUGGCUUCGGAGACAGAAAAGAGCCCUGCUUUUGGUUACCCUCCACUGGCCUCAUGUCUUCCAUGCAGAUGGAUCCUGAGUUAGCCAAGCAGCUCUUCUUUGAAGGAGCCACGGUGGUCAUUCUGAACAUGCCCAAGGGGACAGAGUUUGGCAUUGAUUACAACUCCUGGGAAGUGGGCCCCAAGUUCCGGGGUGUGAAGAUGAUUCCCCCUGGCAUCCACUUCCUCUACUACAGCUCUGUGGACAAAGCCAAUCCCAGGGAGGUGGGCCCUCGUAUGGGCUUCUUCCUCAGCCUGAAGCAGCGGGGGCUGACAGUCCUGCGCUGGAAUGCAGUUCAGGAAGAAGUAGACCUGUCUCCAGCUCCAGAGGCUGAAGUAGAAGCUAUGAGAGCCAAUCUCCCGGAGCUAGACCAGUUUCUGGGACCUUACCCAUAUGGUACACUCAAGAAAUGGAUCUCACUUACCAACUUCAUCAGUGAGGCCAUCAUGGAGAAGCUGCAGCCUGAGAGCAAGCAGAUCUGUGCCUUCUCAGAUGUGCUGCCUGUGCUUUCCAUGAGGCACACCAAGGACAGGGUGGGGCAGAACCUACCCCUCUGCGGCACCGAGUGCAAAAGCUACCAAGAGGGCUUAGCCCGGCUGCCCGAGAUGAGGCCCAGGGCUGGGACAGAGAUCCGCUUCUCAGAGUUGCCCACUCAGAUGUUCCCGGCAGGAGCCACACCAGCAGAGAUCACCAGGCACAGCAUGGACUUGAGCUAUGCCCUCGAGAGUGUGCUCAGCAAGCAGUUCCCUGGCAACCCCCAGGAUGUACUCGGUGAACUCCAGUUUGCCUUUGUGUGCUUCCUGCUGGGCAAUGUGUAUGAGGCAUUUGAGCACUGGAAGCGGCUCCUGAACCUCUUGUGUCGGUCGGAAUCUGCCAUGGGGAAGCACCACGCCCUGUACAUCAGCCUCAUCUCCAUCCUGUACCACCAGCUUGGUGAGAUCCCUGCUGACUUCUUUGUGGACAUUGUCUCCCAGGACAACUUCCUCACCAGUACCUUACAGGUUUUCUUUUCUUCAGCCUGCAGUAUUGCUGUGGAAGCCACCCUGAGGAAGAAAGCUGAGAAGUUCCAAGCCCACCUGACUAAGAAGUUCCGCUGGGACUUUACCUCAGAGCCCGAGGACUGCGCCCCAGUGGUGGUGGAACUCCCUGAGGGCAUUGAGACAGCCUAACUGCAAAUCCUCAAGCUGUUGGAACCCCUUCCCAUAUCGCUACAACCUAGCAUCUCCCCCAUUCAUCUGUCCUGAAACCCUCCAGUGCAAAAGUGGCCAUUUAUGUAUGGUUUCCUAUAGCCUGGCCCGGCUGCUGAAUUUCAGGAAAAAAAGAGGUCAAGAUGAAACCUGCCCCAGCAGCAGUCUAAUUCUUUCUGACAGUGAGAAGAUGAACAUUAAGUCAAAAAGAACUAGCUGCUUAUUCCAUAGCUGCUUAAAAGAGGAAAGAAACCAGAUCCGUCUUAGGGUCCGUGCUGUUAAGUCAGUGAGUUUUUAAGUUAAGUGUAGGUUGGAAGCUGAAUGUGGUUUGUAUAGAGUCUCUGCCUGCUCCUGGUUGAAUGGAAGGAAACCUGCCAGAACUCAGGCCACUGACCUCGCAGGUGGCCAGCUUCAUCUGCCACACCUCCUUCUGCCAAAAGCCACAGUGGUUAGUACCUGAGUCGGCCGCUGGCUGUGGGGUCUCCUGCUGCUGUCACCGUCAUCCUGAGACCUUACUCUGCAGCAGGAUGUGGAAGCCUCCCACGGGUCCCCAUUUUUCACUUAAGGCUCCCAUGAUCCUUCUGAUGACAUGGAAAUCAAGAGCAAAAGGAGAGGUUCUUGCUCCGAGCCUGCUUCUUAGGCCCUGGUAAAGUCUGGGCCUUUUCUUCAGAGCCAUGGAGAUAGCUGGGUAGCUUAACUCUCCCCAGCCCUGCGGUGGGGUUCUCAUGAGUGCUGUCACGUUUCUGGUGUUAGGGAGUCUUGAGGGCACACCCAUUGUGUGGUGUGGGCAGAGUUCUGCCUCAAGAAGGGCUCCCAGGCCCUCUACCCUGACCUCAGGCUCUCUACUGUACUCCCAGGCCUCCACCCUGACCUCAGGCCUGUACUCUGCUGUGCUCUGGAGGCCUUCUGGGGCUUGAGCUCACAGCAGGCCAGUGAGUGAAGUCCUGCUGUUUAAGACUUUUGCUUCCUCUUGUUUCCUUGGAGAUGUUUUUCCAAGAGCACAAUGUACAUUAAAGUCUUUGAGUUGGGACUAAUCCCCCUGUGUGAGUCUC